UAUUUUCCCUCCCGACCAACGUCACCCUCACUCUCCCACUUUAUUUCCACACCACCAGGUCCAUCGGCCAUCUAGACAAGCUAAUACCCCAGCUUUCUCUCUGCUAAUUUUAGUUGAUUUACGCACCAUCAAAAGAAAAUGAGUAUCUUCCUAGAUUUCGACGGGACGAUCACGACAGAAGACACAGUGACGCACCUAGCCAACUUUGCACUGCGCUUUCAGUCCGAGUGUCAGGCGAAGGGCCAGAGUGUCCGUGAUGCGUCGCACAUGUCUUCUACACAAGAUAUUGCUCCCUCAAUAAGCCUGGAAGAAGACGAUCUCUCAUCUCGCUGGGACGAAGUAGUCCACGCAUAUGUGUCCGACUACAAGUCUCACGUAUCCUCUUACGUCCCCUGUGAGCCAGACAGGCAGUGCGUGGAAGACGAGAUCGCCUUUCUACGCUCGCAAAAGCACGUCGAGACGAGAUCUCUGGGCCGCAUCAAUGAAUGCGCGCUGUUCCGGGGCAUCAGCCCAGCUACGUUUCGCGAAGCAGGCCGAGAAUUGGUGCGCGAGGGCACCGUGCUUCUCAGGCCUGGGUUCGCGGAUUUUGUGCGCAGGGCCUUUGCCAAGGGGUGGCGCGUGAAUGUCGUAUCGGUGAACUGGUCGGCAGCCUUCAUCGAGGGCGCGUGCGGGUUCGCCGAGGGCGAGAUCAGCGUUUUCGCAAACGAAGUGCGCGAGGACGAUGGCGCGGUCCUUGGGCCCGGGACACUGGCUGGGGAUGUGCUGCUAACAAGCAAUAGGCAGGAGAGUCCGUCACAGGGUAGGAAUCUCACGAACUCGUGUGAUAAGCGAGACGCUGUGCGAGAAGUGCGCCGCAAACGCAACGAGGUGGAUCUGCCGUUUUACUACUUUGGAGACUCGACGACGGACAUGGAGUGCUUGCUUGAGGCGACGAGGGGCGUUGUGAUUGCGGAUAAUGAGCAGUCAACGCUGAUACAAACGUUAAGGAGAAUUGGGAAGCUAGUCCCGCAUGUGCGAGAUGCAGGAACAGGCGAAGAAUUAGUAUGGGCGUCGAAUUUCGAGGAAAUCAUCGGUGUCCACGUUUAGUUUGAUCCGCCGCGACAUGCUGGUUCACCCUACGCUGAUCCUGCAGUCUGCAGAUGCUUCUGGCAGCGAAAAGCUCACAUAACAAGCAGUAAGCACACGUCAAACCUU